AGAGCUUUGGAGAUUGUGAUUUCCUCCUCCCAUGUAGCGAAUCCGUACCCUUAAACCCAACAAAACAAAACCUCUCCGUGCCACUUUUCUCAUUCAUCUAAAUUCUCAACAACGCAAGUGGGUUGUGGUUGCCGUGAUUCCUCAGCCGCCGGAAAAAUCGAUCAACUAACCCAGAAGCUUCGAAUUUGGAGUGUCAUCAAGCUCAAAAGCACACCUAAUUGACUUAGAAGGAUGAGUGAGCUUUUUUUCAAUGAUUUCUUUAAGGUUGAGGAUGUUGAUCCAGAUGGUAAAAAGUAUGACAAGGUUUCUCGGAUUGUUGCACGAAGUGAGAAGCAUAACAUGUACAUGCUUCUAGACGUAAAUACAGAGAUUUAUCCUAUCAACAGAAAGGAAAGAUUUUUGUUGGCUCUGUCUCCUUCUCUUGUUUUGAAUACCAAGGAUGGCCCAGUUUCAAUUCAAGAAAAGUUCGAAUACAUCAUGUAUGGAAGGUUAUAUGACAUUACAGCUGACGGGCUUUCACGUUCUCCACCUGAAGUGGAGGUAUGUGCAUCAUUUGGCGGACUUCAGCUGAUGCUAAGAGGGGACCCUUCCCACUGUGUCAAGUUUGCAGUAGAUCAGAAGUUGUUUUUACUGAUAAGGAAGCUUGAAAGUUGAACUGCUGAUGUUACCUAUGCUGAAAAGUUAAAUCAUGCUUGCAUCAAGUUUUGAGUAAUUUUUGAUCUUGUAUUAGUAAUUCGGUUAAGAUAAUUUGCGAUGCAUAUAUUUUGUGAGAUUAGCUUUCUGUUUCAAA